AUGGAAGGAGCACCGCAACCGAUUGACUUUGACAAGUGGCUCGAGGGAGCAAAGGCUGCCCUGCUUCCUCCCGUGUGCAACAAGCUCAUCUAUGGCGGGCAGUUGAAGGUGAUGGCUGUGGGUGGACCCAACGUGCGGUCGGACUACCACAUGGAAGCUGGCGAGGAGUUGUUCUACCAGGUGAAGGGAGGCAUGGUGCUCAAGGUGGUGGAGCACGGUGUCCACAAGGACAUCCCUAUUGCCGAAGGAGAAUUCUUCCUGCUGCCUCCGCGUGUUCCCCACUCGCCUCAGCGGUUUGAGAACACCAUCGGACUUGUGGUGGAGCGCGAGCGCGACCCUGAGAGUGAACUUGAUUGCAUGCGC